AUGAGGCCUCAAUCCCCGCUGUCCGCGGACCUGCCUCCGCUGAUUAUGGGCACAGCGACAUUCAACUCUCAAUACAAUGCUGAUCCAUUUGCCCUGCCAACCACCGAACUCGUCCAUCGCGCUCUAUCGCGCGGCAUUCGCGCCUUCGACACAUCACCCUACUACGGCCCCGCCGAAGAACUUCUCGGCCGGGCCCUAGUCACAGAAUUUGUGCAAACACACUUCCCUCGCGACUCUUAUCGUCUGCUGACCAAGGUUGGCCGGGUCUCGGGUGCAUCCUUUGACUACUCGCCCGCGUGGGUCCGAUACAGUGUUCGUCGCAGUCUGCGCCGUCUGCAUACAGAUUACCUCGACGUCGUGUACUGCCAUGACGUGGAGUUUGUCUCCCCCGCCGAGGUCCUCGCCGCCGUGACCGAACUGCGUCGACUGCGCGACGAAGAGGGUCUGUUGCGGUAUGUCGGAAUCUCGGGAUACCCGGUUGAGGUGCUUAGUUCCUUGGCGGAGAUGAUUCUCCAGGAAACAGGCGAGCCAUUGGACAUCGUCAUGUCCUAUGCCAACUACACCUUGCAAAACACCCGACUGCGUUCACUGGCAUUGCCGCGACUACUUGCUGCAGGCGUGGACGUGGUUCCGAAUGCCUCCCCCUUGGGCAUGGGAUUGCUUCGUCGAGACGGUGUUCCGAUCGGGUCGAUGGGUGACUUCCACCCCGCGCCGGAUGCGCUGCGCACAGCCAUCCAGUCUGCCGCACAAUGCACCUCGCACAGCGGCGAAAAGUUGGAGGUUGUGGCGAUCCGGUUUGCGCUCGAGUCCUGGCUACGUGCGGGCGCUAAAGCUGGUGCACUGGGUGCACCACUGGCUCGCUCGACGGACGCGGACCCUGGGUUCUUGUCCGUGGCGAACCUCGGCACGGGCAGGAGACUAGGGGUCAGUGUCAUGGGAGUGAGUAACAUUGACGAGCUGGAUGAAACACUCCGUGUUUGGCACAGUAUCUUGGACGGACUGGAGAGCUGGGACGAAGACGAGGACACAGAAGGAGAAUUGGACCUGGAGAAACAAAUAAUGUCCAUGGGCCCCUCCUCUACAUCACCCCAAGCAGCAGCAGCAACAGAGAAACAUGAAAGCGAAAAUGGUGCCGUCCCAUCCCAAGUCCAGGCACCCGCCAUCCUCACGCCCUCGGAGGGUCUCAUCACAGACCGCGCAUGGUCUCACACUCGGCGCGCCAAGAUCUUGCAAUUGGCCAAGGAGGUGCGGGAUGUUCUGGGCGCAGAAUGGGUCGAUUACGUCUGGGCCAGCCCGCCCCCGAAUUUCAAGAACACACUGCCAGAUGACCAUAUUGCUGCGAAGAGAUUAAUCGAGGCCGAGGAGGCGGAGGGCACGCAGGCACUGCCGUCUCCGGCCGCCUCUAUUCAUGACGAGCCCGUGUUGACGCCACCACUGGAUGCACAGCCCCAGCUGGCAUAG